AUGUUCAGACUUCUCCAGGAAUUCUUUAACUUUUCCAAGAAUUUCUUCAGGAGUCCUCUAGCGAAAUCUUCAGUAGCUCUUCAGACUUCACCAGCAAUCUUUCCAACAGCUAGUUCUCCAGAAGUUUUCAAGCUUUCUUCAGAAAUUUCUUUAGGAAUUCUCAAGACUUGUUCAGAAGUGUUCAGACUUUUCCAAGAAUUCUCAGAAUUCUCACAAGUUUUCUAG